UUCCACUCACCACACUUCAUACUUGUAUACUUCCAAUUUUUCUAAGUGGUGUGGUAGUUUUCUGGGUGUAGCAACGAUUGGUUCAAAUAAUUAAUCAUGAGUGUUACUAAAGCGUAGAGUAUAUAAAUUGAUAACAUACCUCUUCGGGUGAGAGAGAGAGAGAGAGAGAGAGAGUUGAGAAUGGAGAUGGCUGUAGAUGAUGACGGCCGAAGCAGAACAGGGACUGUAUGGACGGCGACAACACAUGCGAUCACAGCGGUUAUUGGAUCGGGUGUACUGGCAUUGCCGUGGAGUGUAGCUCAAAUGGGGUGGAUCAUCGGUCCCCUCUUCCUAAUUGCAUGCGCCUACAUCACUUAUUACACUGCCAUCUUACUCUGCGACUGUUACAGAACUCCUGACCCUGUUAAGGGGAGGAGGAACUACACUUACAUGGAUGUCAUCAGAUCAUGCCUAGGUCCUAGAGACGUCCUAGUAUGUGCAAUUGCGCAGUAUGCAAUGCUCUGGGGGGCUAUGAUUGGAUAUGUGAUCGUCGCCUCGACGAGUAUGAUGUCUGUAGACCGUUCAAACUGUUUCCAUUACAAGGGACAUGACGCACACUGCAGGGCCUCAGGAAACCUGUACAUGAUCAUAUUUGGUUUGGUCGAAAUUGUACUCUCGCAAUUUCCAAAUCUUGAGAAAAUAACGCUGAUAUCGGUCAUUGCUGCUAUAAUGUCAUGCGUCUACUCAAUUGUUGCUUUAGCUUUGAGCAUCGGAAAGUUUGCUUCUCAUCACUCGGUUGAAGGAUCUCUCAUAGGAGUUAAGGUUGAAGGUGCCAACGGAGUUCCUGCAACAACAAAAGUUUGGCAUUCUUUCCAAGCUCUUGGGAACAUAGCUUUUGCUUAUACUUACGCUAUGCUUCUUAUUGAGAUCCAGGAUACAUUGAAAUCACCACCACCUGAGAACCAAACAAUGAAGAAAGCGAGCCUUUAUGCGAUAGGGAUCACAGCGAUCUUCUACAUCUCGCUAGGUUGUUUUGGAUAUGCAGCCUUUGGAAAUGAUGCACCAGGGAACAUUCUGACAGGAUUUUAUGAACCAUUUUGGCUGGUGGACAUAGCUAAUGUCGCAGUUCUUGUACAUCUCGUUGGUGCUUUUCAGGUUUAUGCACAACCUAUUUAUGCUAAGUACGAGGAAUAUCUAUCCAAGAAAUGGCCAAACUCUGCUUUCUUCCACAAGACCUACACCCUUCCUCUCACGAAAUCCCACUCCUUUCGCUUCACUCUCUGCAUGCUCCUCCUUCGAACACUCUUGGUGAUCUUCACCACUCUCAUCGCCAUGCUUCUCCCUUUCUUCAAUGCAAUCCUCGGUUUGCUUGGCUCUAUUGCCUUUUGGCCUUUGACAGUAUAUUUUCCUGUGACGAUGUAUAUAGCGCAGGCUCAGAUUAAGACUGGAGAUAGAAAAUGGAUUGUGCUUCAAGCAUUGAGUGUGGUUUCGUUGAUUGUGUCGGUUCUUGCAGCGGUUGGUUCGGUUGCGGAUAUUGGAGACAGACUCAAGCAUGUAAAACUGCUUAAAGCUGAACUUUGAUGUUGUUGAUGUUCGGAAACUGGUUUGAAUUGGUCCGUGCAAUGCGUAAGUGGUGAUUAUUAUUUGUGGAAAGUGUGCUGUUUGAUACGUUGGAAUCGUGAAAGCAACAAGUGUUGCAUGUAAAAAAUAUUGCAAACAACGGUUAAUUUCAGCUUAAGCUGUAAAAUAUCUCUACUGUUAGAUUUUUUGGCAAAUACAAACGCACAUGAUUUCUGAAAA